AUGGACAAGUUUCGGAUGAUCUUCCAGUUCUUCCAGUCCAAUCAGGAGUCCUUCAUGAAUGGCAUCUGUGGGAUCAUGGCCCUUGCCAGCACCCAGAUGUACUCAGCCUUUGAUUUCAACUGCCCCUGCCUGCCACACUACAACCUGGCCUAUGGGCUGGGCAUCCUCCUGGUGCCCCCCUUCAUCUUGUUCCUGCUGGGUUUUGUGCUGAACAACAACAUCUCCAUGCUGGCAGAGGAGUGGAGGCGGCCGCAGGGCCAGCGGGGGAAGGACCCGUCUGUCCUGCGCUACAUGUUCUGCUCCAUGGCGCAGCGGGCCAUGAUCGCCCCCGCGGUCUGGGUGUCGGUGACACUGCUGGACGGCAAGAGCAUCACCUGUGCCUUCUGCACCUCCGUGCCUGUGGAGACCCUGGGCAAUGCCAGCCACCCCCGCCUCUCCCAGGGGGAGAUACAGCGGCUCCUCGCCCGAAUCCCCUGCAAGGAGAUCUACAAUGGGCAGCAGCUCAUUGCCAACGAAGUGGCCGUCAGGUACCUGCGCUGCAUCUCACAGGCUCUGGGCUGGUGCUUUGUGCUGCUUAUGACCACACUGGCUUUCUUGGUCAGAUCACUUCGGCCCUGCUUCAGCCAGGCUGCCUUCCUGAAGAGCAGAUACUGGUCCCACUACAUCGACAUCGAGCGCAAGCUGUUCGAUGAGACGUGCGCGGAGCACGCCAGGAGCUUUGCCAAGGUCUGCAUCCAGCAGUUCUUUGAGGGCAUGAGCAAGGACCUGGUGGCUGCUCGCUGCCACCUGCCCAGGAAAGCCCCUGCUGAUGCAGGGGAAGCUGCUGAGAAGCUCUUGGGCAUCACCGACCAGGGCACCAUGAACGUGGCCCUGAAGAGCUGGCACAGAUGCAAGCCCCCACUGCACCUCCACCCACCUGCCCUCCCCACUGGAAAUGGCUGGGCAGGAGAAGGGCAGCUCCCCACACACCCCUCUGCACCCCGAAGAGAGACAGCUGCCUACUACAGCUGGGUGUGA